AUGGUGGUUGUUGGACGGUGGUUGUUGUUGGAUGGUUGUUGUUGGAUGGUGGUUGUUGUUGGAUGGUGGUUGGUGGACGGUGGUUGUUGGACGGUGGUUGUUGGACGGUGGUUGUUGGACGGUGGUUGUUGUUGGAUGGUUGUUGUUGGACGAUGGUUGUUGUUGGAUGGUGGUUGUUGUUGGACGGUGGUUGUUGGAGGGUGGUUGUUGUUGGAUGGUGGUUGUUGGAUGGUGGUUGUUGUUGGAUGGUUGUUGUUGGAGGGUGGUUGUUGUUGGAUGGUUGUUGUUGGACGAUGGUUGUUGUUGGACGGUGGUUGUUGUUGGAUGGUGGUUGUUGAUGGAUGGUUGUUGUUGUUGGAUGGUGGUUGUUGUUGGACAGUGGUUGUUGGACGGUUGUUGUUGGACGGUUGUUGUUGGAUGGUUGUUGUUGGAUGGUUGUUGUUGGACGAUGGUUGUUGUUGGAUGGUGGUUGUUGUUGGACGUGGUUGUUGGAGGGUGGUUGUUGUUGGAUGGUGGUUGUUGGAUGUUGUUGUUGUUGUUGUGGGUGGUUGUUGUUGGAUGGUUGUUGUUGGACGAUGGUUGUUGUUGGACGGUGGUUGUUGUUGGAUGGUGGUUGUUGAUGGAUGGUUGUUGUUGUUGGAUGGUGGUUGUUGUUGGACGGUGGUUGUUGGAUGGUUGUUGUUGGACGGUUGUUGUUGGAUGGUUGUUGUUGGAUGGUUGUCGUUGGAUGGUGGUUGUUGGACGGUGGUUGUUGUUCGAUGGUGGUUGUUGGAGGGUGGUUGUUGUUGGAUGGUUGUUGUUGGAUGGUUGUUGUUGGACGAUGGUUGUUGUUGGACGGUGGUCGUUGUUGUUGGGUGUUUGUUGAUGGAUGGUUGUUGUUGUUGGAUGGUGGUUGUUGUUGGAUGGUGGUUGUUGGACGGUUGUUGUUGGACGGUGGUUGGUGUUGGACGAUGGUUGUUGUUGGACAGUGGUUGUUGUUUGACGGUGGUUGUUGUUGGAGGGUGGUUGUUGUUGGAUGGUUGUUGUUGGACGAUGGUUGUUGUUGGAUGGUGGUCGUUGUUGUUGGGUGUUUGUUGA